AGCCCCGGUCACGUGAGGGGGAAGGGGCGGGCUUCCCUCGCCCUGCUCACGUGGUGCCGGGGGGGGUUAGGCGGAAGGGCCGGCGGAUGGGCGCGCGUUGCUGAUUUUCUAUUUUGUACAUACAUUGUUUUGUAUAUACUGUAUAUGAUGACUUCGGUGGGCAGUGAACGUACCCGGGGCACUCGGGACAAAACGCAAAUUUCAACCACACAGCCAAUACAACAGCAGAAACAAGUAGUACAGGCAACAGCAGAACAGAUUCGCCUUGCUCAGAUGAUCUAUGAUAAGAACGACGCAGAUUUUGAAGAUAAAGUGAAACAACUUAUGGAAGUGACGGGGAAGAACCAGGAUGAGUGCAUAGUGGCAUUACACGACUGUAAUGGGGAUGUGAACAGAGCUAUCAAUAUACUGCUGGAAGGAAGUUCAGAUACGACUUCUUGGGAGACUGUAGGGGGAAAGAAGAAAAGCCUUGGAAAAGAAAGUUCAGAAAACAAAGAGAACAGAGAAAAACGAGGGGACAGAGAAGUGAGUCGUGGACGGGGAAGUUCCAACAGACGGGGAAGAGGAGGCAGCCGUGGCCGAGAGUUUAGAGCUGAAGAGAAUGGAGUGGACAACAAUCAAGGAGACAGGCCUUCAGACCGUGGAAAACGUGGCCGUGGGAGAGGGUUUGGACGUGGCAGAGGGAGAGGAGCGGGGAGGUUUUCAGCCCAAGGCAUGGGGACAUUUAACCCUGCAGACUAUACGGAGUCUUCUGCCACUGAUGGCUUUGGGACAAAAACAGAGAUUUGGGAGACUGGUCAGAAUGAUGCAGAUGAUGGAACUGAGCCACCCCAGAGUGGAUGUUACCUUGCUCAGGACCUGCCAAAUAAUUUUGGAUUCCGAGGAGCCUGGAAAAAUUCAAUAGAAGAAUGGACAGCAGAAGACUGGAACGAAGAUCUUUCUGAAACGAAAGUCUUUACUGCUUCCUCUGUUCCAGCUGAGAAUCAUGUGACUCCUGGGCAAAGCAUUGAUUUGGUAACAUUGCUUCAAAAACCUGUGACUUCCACUCAAGAGACAGAAGGCAACUCAUUUGAGGCUCCCCAGCAGCAGACCUUUGGCCAAGCCCUAGUCUUCACAAAUUCUCAGCACAGCACCCAGAUGGCAUCAGGAACUGGCAGUUCCAGUGCUGUAAACUCCUAUUCUCCUCAGAGUCUGUCUGCAGUUCUUUGUUCUGGCUUUGGAGAACUUGGAUCCUCUAAAUUGGCAAACUCUACUGGAUCCCAAAUCUUGGACCAAUUGAAAUCUCCAGGUUUGGGUCAGUUUACCUCCCAACAAAACAAUAGUAGCUCUACCACCACUACCACAACUACCACAUCGUCUUGGGAUCUAAAACCACCCAUUAGUCAGUCCUCAGUCCUUAGUCAGUUUGACUUUAAAUCCCAGCCUGAACCAUCCCCAGUUCUGAGCCAGCUGACCCAACGACAGCAACAACAAACGCAGGCAGUCCCUGUUCCUCCUCCUGGGCUGGAGUCCUUCUCCUCCCAGGUGAAACUCCGAGAGCCAUCCCCGGUAGACACCUCUACAGCUGUCAGCAAAAUGUUACAGCUGCCCAGUAUAUCUAUGGAGAGCCAGGCAGUGACUGCCCAUCAAACCCAGCAGAAACAGAUAAAACCACCAAAACGGAGGAUAACUCCAGCAUCCAAGAUUCCUGCUUCUGCAGUGGAGAUGCCUGGAUCAGCUGAUGUGACAGGGUUAAAUGUUCAGUUUGGAGCUCUUGAGUUUGGAUCAGAGCCUGCACUCCCGGAGUUUGGAUCAACUUCAAGCAGUGAGAAUACCAGCCAGGCGACCAACAAUAGCUUGUACUCAAAAUCUGUAAAGUACGUUGAUCCUUUGAAUACCUCUUUGCCAAUAUCCAAUACAGUACAGGAGUCCACCUACACAACCUCUGCCAUCACCUCUUCCAGCCUGACCUGCUCAUCCCAGAGCACUAGCCCGGUAACAACAACUUCCUCCUAUGAACAGACUUCUGUCCAUAGUAGGAUAGCAUACCAAAGCUCCAUGGCUCCGUCUGAACCACCCCCGGUUGCAGUUUCGAAUGGGCACAGUGGUGUUAGAACACAGGCAGCUCUUGACACUACUUCAUCAGUUCCAGUGUCUAAGACAGAGCCUUCUCCCUCACUACCUUCUGCUGGUUCUAUGCCUAGUGUGGUGUCCACCACCGCUUCGCUUCUGCCUUCAGCAUCGCAGCACGUGGCAACGUUGCCCAGCUUGCCUCAGUCCAGUGACUUGGCCAGCAGCUCACUUUCCCAGUUAAGCAGCUCCCUUUCCAAUCAUCAGAGCAGCCUCUCCCCUGCCUCAGUGUUGUCUUCAAGCACAUCACAUGCACACACUAGUGUUGAGAACACAACUUCGCUCCAGCCCUCAACAACCUUUUCAACUGCUUCAACUUCAGCCACUAGCACCACCUCUUCGGUUGUCAGCAUGGCAAGCAGUAUGAACACUACAAACAGCCUUGGCCUGAGCGUUACCAGUGUGUCUAUACCAGCUGCUACCACGCGGGCAGCUCCCUUAGUGUCUUCAGGCAAAGCUCCCCCAAACCUGCCCCAAGGUGUACCGCCCUUGUUGCAUAACCAGUAUAUUGUGGGACCUGGAGGACUUCUGCCUGCCUACCCACAGAUUUAUGGUUAUGAUGAUCUCCAGAUGCUUCAAUCCAGGCUGCCAAUGGAUUACUACGGAAUUACAUUCCCUGCUCCUGCAACCUUGACAGGCAGAGAUGGGAGCCUUGCUAACAACCCGUACUCAGGUGACGUAACAAAAUUUGGCCGUGGGGAUUCUGCCUCCCCUGCUCCCGCUACCACGCUAGCCCAGCCGCAGCAGAACCAGACGCAGACUCACCACACGACUCAGCAGCCCUUCCUCAACCCGACCCUGCCGCCGGGGUACAGCUACACCGGGCUCCCUUACUACGCCGGGGUGCCAGGCGUACCGAGCGCAUUCCAGUAUGGGCCAACCAUGUUUGUACCUCCGGCAUCUGCUAAGCAGCACGGGGUCAAUCUGAACACCGCGUCCACUCCUUUCCAGCAGGCGAGCGGCUACGGGCAGCACGGCUAUGGAGCAGGCUAUGAUGACUUAACGCAGGGAACGGCAGCUGGAGAUUACAGCAAAGGAGGCUACAGUGGGUCAUCUCAAGCACAAAACAAAUCUGCUGGCACUGGACCUGGGAAAGGUGUUUCUGUGACCUCAAGUAACACAGGUGUGCCUGAUAUCAGUGGCUCAGUCUAUAACAAGACUCAGACGUUUGACAAGCAGGGAUUCCACGCUGGCACACCGCCUCCUUUCAGCCUGCCCUCUGCUCUCGGAUCUACUGGGCCCCUGAACCCUGGUGCUGCCCCGGGUUAUGCUCCAGCCCCUUUUCUCCAUAUCCUGCCUGCACAUCAGCAGCCUCAUUCCCAGAUGCUGCAUCACCAUCUUCAGCAAGAUGGGCAGGGUGGAUCUGGUCAGCGCAACCAGCCCAGCACCAUGCAGCAAAAGUCUCAGGCUACCAAAACCGCCUAUGGCACUUCUCCAUACUGGACAAACUAAAUCCGAAACCGGGGAGGGGGGAGAGGAUGAAAGGAGAGGAGAGAGAGAAAAAAAAAUAAAGAAAAACAGAAAAGCCGAAGCCCAUUCCUGGAAUUAUUAGGAGAAGUAACUGCUCAGCCAAACGUCUGUGCGGGGAGAACUGCAGCCAGCCAUCCUCUGUGUGACUCGCCCGCUUCCUCUUUGAGUUGCUGUUGUAUGUAAUAUAUUUAUGUAUGUAUUUGUAAAUGUAAUAGAGCCUAAAUGUGGUUUUCUGCAUCUUGCAGCCUGUUUUAUUUUCUUUGUAGGAAAACUAAUUAUUCAUUUCCCAUCUGCACCAGGGCAUCCUUCCUUUUUUAAGCUCUAUGGGCUUUAUAACUUUGUCAAAGACGAACUGCACCAUUUUUACUGGAGCUGGAGCCCAUUUAUUUAAUGCAGUUCUAAAUUCAGGCAAAAGAAGGAGGCCUGCCCCCCCAGAAACGAAUCAAGAUGUCCUGUUGGUUUAAUUUCUGCCCCCACCCCCAGUAUAGCUGUCACUUUUAAAGGAGAAAAAAAAAAAAAAAAAAAAAAGAAAAAAUAAUGUUUUGUGGGCCUUCCCCUUUCUUUCGUCUCCCCCCUCCCUCCUGCUGUGGAAGACGAACUCCUAGGAAGUUUGGUCAGUGUGGCCCUGAGCUGCAGCUUCACCUUUUUAUUUUCCAAUUUCUAAAUAAAUAAUAAUUAAAAAAAAGACAGUUUUUUUUUUUUGUUUUGGUUUUGUUUCUCAAGCAAGAGCCUUUGCAUGGCUCAGUGUGUCCUGGAACCUCCUUUUGCAUCAUUAGAGGUAAAAAAAAAAAAAAAACCUAUGUAGCGGUUCAAAUAAAAGUAUAAGCUGUGUCUCGUACCUCUUUUUGCCCUGAGCCACCCUGCCCAGGAGUGCCAGAGCUGACAGAUGGAAACUUCACCUGUCCCUCCCCCCUUUUUUUAAAACCAAGACCAGGGCGGCAGCUCCUGGUUCUUCUUGUCCGGCACCAGUGCGGUGAAUGUUUUAGGAGUUUCAUUUCUUUUUAGCCCUUCCUCCACCUAAUAAAGGUCUGAGCGUA